AUGUCUGUCAGACUCUGGCUGCUAACUGUGACGGCUUAUUCCUAUGACUGUGACGAACACCUGGUGUCUCAGCUUCCUCAGCUGGUCUUCGAUUCCUCCUCAGAACUGUCCGGCAGCCACAGCCCGGGUUUUGCGAAGCUGAACAGACGAGACGGUGCCGGAGGUUGGUCCCCGCUGGAGUCCAACCGGCCCCAGUGGCUGCAGAUAGACCUGGGCGAGAGGACGGAGGUCACGGCCGUGGCCACACAGGGCAGGUACGGGAGCUCGGACUGGGUGACCAGCUACGCCCUGAUGUUCAGCGACUCGGAGAGCAACUGGAAACAAUACCGGCAGCAAGACAGCAUCUGGGCUUUCACUGGGAACUCCAAUGCAGAUGGUGUGGUGCGACACACUUUACAGCACUCCAUCAAAGCUCGCCUCCUACGCCUGGUCCCGCUCGACUGGAAUGCCAACGGCAGAAUCGGGAUGAGAGUGGAGGUUUACGGCUGUUCGUACAAGUCGGACGUGGCGGACUUUGACGGCCGGAGCUCGCUGCUGUACAGAUUCAGUCAGAAGACGGUCAGCACCGUGAAGGACACGAUCUCGCUCCAGUUCAGGAGCACGGAGAGCGAGGGGGUGAUCCUGCACGGAGAGGGGCAGAGGGGGGACUACAUCACGCUGGAGCUCAGCAAAGGCCAAGUCUCCCUGCAGCUCAACCUGGGCGACACGAAGCUGCAGUCGGUGAACGGCCACACCUCGGCCACCCUGGGCAGUCUGCUGGACGACCAGCACUGGCACUCGGUCACCAUCGAACGGUACAACAAGCAGGUGAACUUCACCGUGGAUCAGCACACGCAGCACUUCCGCACCAGGGGCGAGUUCGACUACCUGGACAUCGACUACGAGCUUAGCUUCGGAGGGAUCCCGGUGCCUGGCAAGUCGGUGACCUUCCUGAGGAAGAACUUCCGCGGCUGCCUGGAAAACCUUUACUACAACGGGGUCAACAUCAUCGACCUGGCCAAGAGGCACAAACCUCAGAUACACGUCCUGGGGAACGUGAGCUUCUCCUGCUGGGAGGCCCCGGUGGUGCCGGUGACGUUUGGCAGCUCGGGCAGUUACCUGGUGCUCCCGGGGCGGCCCCGGAUGGAUGGGCUGUCGCUCAGCUUCCAGUUCCGCACGUGGAACGGGGACGGACUGCUGCUGUACAGCCGACUUCCCGGGACAGCCGGGGCUCUCCGCGUCCGGAUCAGCAACGGGAAACUCCGCAGCAACAUCCUCACCUCAUCAAAGGUCCACAGCAGCAGCACCGCAGGGGCCGACCUCAACGACGGACGGUGGCACCAGGUCUAUUUGGCCGCCCGGGGAAAUCAGGUCAGCAUCACUUUGGACCACGUCCCAGCCUUGAACGCUCAUUCCACCGUCCAGAUUUACUCGGGGAGCAGUUACUAUUUCGGAGGCUGUCCUGACACCGUCAGCGUCGGUGGAUGCUCCAAUCCCUUCGAUGGUUUCCGCGGCUGCAUGCGAUUAAUCUUUGUGGACAACCAGCCAGCCAACCUUACGCUGCUCCUGCAAGGCUCACAGGGCAAUUCCAGCCACCUCCAGAUAGGCCUGUGCGGAAUCGUGGACAGGUGUUUGCCCAACUACUGCGAGCACGGGGGGGAGUGCUCGCAAACCUGGAGCGGCUUUUACUGUGACUGCACGGGGACAGGAUACACCGGGGAGACCUGCCACAGAUCAGUGCACGAGCAGUCGUGUGAAGCCGUGAAGCACAAAGGCAGGACAUCCGGAGUCUUCCCCAUCGAUCCAGACGGCAGUGCUGCUGCCAAACCUUUCCUGGUGUACUGCAACAUGACAGAGGACAAGACAUGGACUAUAAUCCAGCACAACAACACAGAGCUGACCAGAGUGCGAGGCUCCAGAGGGGAGAGGAGUGGUUUGGUUGACUUCAACUACACAGCCAGUCUGGACCAGCUUCAAGCCAUGAUGGACAGCAUGGAACACUGCGAACAGGAAGUGGCCUUCCACUGUAAGAAAUCGCGUCUCUUCGACACGCCCGGUGGGACACCGUUCACAUGGUGGAUCGGGAGGACCAACGAAAAGCAGACCUACUGGGGCGGCGCGAGGCCUGGAGUCCGGCAGUGCGCCUGCGGACUGGAGGGAAACUGCGCGGAUGCCAAACAUCUCUGCAACUGCGAUGCCGAUGGGGAGACCUGGACGAGUGACUCCGGUCUGCUCUCCUACAAAGACCACUUGCCGGUGACUCGCAUUCACAUUGGGGACAUCAACAGAACCAACUCGGAAGCCGCGUACAAGCUGGGACCCCUUCGCUGCUACGGUGACAGAAGCUACUGGAACGCGGCCUCCUUCAGCUCGGGCUCCUCGUACCUGCACUUCCCCACCUUCCGCGGCGAGCUCAGCGCCGACAUCUCCUUCUUCUUCAAGACCACCGCCUCCUCGGGCGUUUUCCUGGAGAACCUGGGCAUCAAGGACUUCAUCAGGCUCCAGCUCAACUCCCCGGUAGAAGUGAUGCUGUCCUUCGACGUGGGAAACGGUUUGCUGGAGGUGGCGGUCAAAUCGCGCACCAAACUGAACGACAACCAGUGGCAUUACGUGGAGGCAGAACGGAACGUCAAAGAGGCCUCGCUCCGAGUAGACAACCUGCCGCGGAGAUCCCAGAAAGCCCCCGCUGACGGGCACAUCCACUUGCAGCUCAACAGCCAGCUGUUCGUAGGAGGGACGGCCUCGAGGCAGAGGGGUUUCCUGGGCUGUAUCCGGUCCGUGCGGCUGAACGGGGCGAGCCUGGACCUGGAGGAGCGAGCCACAGUGACCCCCGGGGUAACGGCCGGCUGCCCGGGGCACUGCAGCAGCUACGGCAGUCUGUGCCACAACGGGGGCCGGUGUACAGAGAGGCCCAGCGGGUACUCCUGUGACUGCAGCCAGUCCCCGUACAACGGGCCCUUCUGUAAGGCAGAGAUCUCAGCCCUCUUCGAGCCGGGCACGUCACUGAGGUACACCAUGCAGGAACCCCUCAAAAACGCCAGUGAUCUCCCCUCCCCCCAGUCCCCGGCCCCCACCCUGGCCGGCGAGAACAUCGCCUUGAGUUUUCGGACCGCCCAGACGCCCGCCGUGCUGCUCUACGUUAAUUCCCACAGCCGGGAAUAUAUAGCCGUGACCUUGUCCAACAACGGGAGUUUUCAGGUCAGUUACAAGCUGGAUGACGCUCAAGGUCCGUGCUCCUUCAGCGCCGGCCACAGAAACCUGGCCGACGGACAUGUUCACAGCGUGAAGAUUGACCGCGAGGGGAAGGACGUCUACAUUCAGAUUGACCAGUUUGCUACCAUCAGGCACAGCCUCCCAUCUGCAACAGACACAGACUUCAAUGCCGUCAAAUCUCUCAUCUUGGGCAAAAUCCAGGACAGCGACGGCCCCCCGGACAACGAGGUACUCAGGGCCAACGCGGCCGGCUUCGUCGGCUGCCUCUCUGCGGUCCAGUUCGAGGGCAUUUCCCCGCUCAAGGUCGCCCUCCACCAACCCCGCUCGCCUCUGGUCUCGGUGACGGGCCCUUUGACCCAAUCGAAUUGCCGGUCUUCGGUGACGAGUGAAUUGACGGCCAUCACCACGUCGUACUCGCUGACAGACCAUUCUGGGACGGUAGAUGUUGGGGGGCCCUUAAAGAAUUCGAUCCGCGGCGACUCAGCAAUCAUUGGAGGUGUGAUAGCGUUGGUGAUCUUCGUGACGCUCUGUGCGUUGGGGGUGAUGAGCCGCGUGUUUUACCGACACAAAGGCAGCUCCCGCCCCAACGAGACCAAACCGGGGGAGUGCGCGGAGACCACCGACACCACAGCAAAGGGGAACAGUCAUUACCAGGACACAGUGAACGACAGCACCAAGGAAUACUUCAUCUGAGAGAGAGCGAGAGAGACCCAACUUACCCUUCCC